AUGGUCAGUGCUACCCAUCGUCCGUUUCUGUUGACUCACGGCGACAUCGAACACACCUUUUUGGUGCCCGUGGACCAGUUUUUCAAAUACUCCCAGUUGCGGGAGCGCUUCAUCAAACAAUUGCCCACUCCCACUGAAGGCUACGCCGAAGACGAUGAACCUUCGUCCCCCGCCGAAUUGUUCGGUCAGUUUUUGGGCUUUGUCGCCGCCGAAGUGAACCCUGUCGAAGAAGGUCAAUUUGACGAUUUACUCAAGGUCUGUGUUGCUGACUUCGACUCGCGGUACCUUGCCAACAAUGAUAUCCACUCAUUUGCCGUCGAAUUGAUGACUCUGGAAGAACAUCCCACUACCGCCUACAAAGUCAAGUACCACGUCAUCCGCAACUACUUGCAAGCCGUCCACAACCUGAACCUGAAGAUUUCGACCCAGCAGUCUCAAUUGUUGACCGAUGCCGCUUCUGGCCCCGCCUCGCUCCUGGCCAUCUUUGGUGGUCAAGGGAACACCGACGAAUACUUUGAAGAAUUACGCGACUUGUACCACAUCUACCACCCGUUGGUCUACGAAGACGUCAUUGUUCCCAUUGCUAAGCACUUCAACAAGUUGAUCAAGGCCGACCCUCAGUUUGACAAGAUCUAUACCCAAGGCCUCGAUGUGUUGGGCUGGUUGCAACUGGCCGACAAGACCCCCGACACCGAGUACUUGCUUGCCGCCCACGUUUCGUGCCCUUUGAUCUCCCUCAUCCAAAUGUGCCACUACACCGUCACUUGUAAGGUGUUGGGUGUCACCCCCGGCGAAUUCCGCGACUCGUUGAAGGCGGGUACUACUGGUCACUCUCAAGGGUUGAUCGCCGCGUUGGCGGUGGCCUCGUCGCUGACUUGGGAAGACUUCAUUUUGAACGCCACUAAGUGCUGUGCCAUGAUGAUGCUCAUUGGGUGCCGUGCUUCGUUGGCCUACCCCAAGACUAACUUGCCCCCCACUAUGUUGCAAGACUCGAUCGAACAUGCUGAAGGUCGCCCGUCGCCAAUGUUGUCGGUCCGUGACUUGAACCGCGAACAGGUCUCAAAGUUUAUCGACGAAACCAACAAGAACUUGCCUAAACUGAAGCACAUUGGCAUCUCAUUGGUCAACGGUGGUCGCAAUAUGGUCAUCUCGGGUCCCCCCGAAUCGUUGUACGGUUUCAACUUGAUCUUGCGGAACAACAAGGCUCCUCUGGGCUUGGACCAACUGCGGGUGCCUCACUCGCAACGUAAGCUCAAGUUCUCCAACCGGUUCUUGCCUAUCCACGCCCCCUUCCACUCGCACUUGCUUUCUGACGCUACCGAAGUCAUCUACAACGACUGUAAGGAGCACGGCAUUUUGUUUGAACAACUGGCGAUUCGCGUCCCCGUGUACGACUCCGAGCUGGGUGAGAACUACCAAACCUACUCCGACAACUUGAAUCACCGCUUGAUUGAAUGUAUCACCACUUUGCCUGUGAUGUGGGAACGCGCCACCAACUUCAAGCUGACCCACAUGUUGGAAUUUGGUCCCGGGGGUGUAUCUGGUUUGGGUGUUCUUACUCACCGGAACAAGGUCGGCUCGGGUACUCGUGUGAUCUUGGCCGGCACGUUGGACGCCCCUACCGCUGAGGACGACUUUGGUUUCAAGCAAGAAAUUUUCAACUUUUACAACGUCAAGUAUGCCCCCAACUGGUUGGCUGAGUUCGCCCCCAAGUUGGUGAAGACUAAGGGUGACAAGGUGUACGUCGACACCAAGUUCUCGCGGUUGUUGGGCCGGGCGCCGUUGAUGGUUCCUGGUAUGACUCCUACUACCGUCAACUCCGACAUUGUGGUUGCCGCUACCAACGCCGGCUACCACAUCGAACUUGCUGGUGGUGGGUACUUCCUGCCCUCGAUGAUGACCAAGGCCAUCGACGACAUUGUCGCUCGCAUUAAGCCAGGUUUCGGUUUCUCGAUCAACCUCAUUUACGUCAACCCGCGGAUGUUGCAAUGGGGGGUGCCAUUGAUCAAGGAAUUGAGAGAGAAGGGUUACCCUAUUGAAGGGUUGGUGAUUGGUGCUGGUGUUCCCUCCUUGGAAGUGGCCACUGAAUACAUUGAAGACUUGGGCAUCACCCAAUUAGGGUUGAAGCCGGGUUCCAUCGAUGCUAUCUCUCAAUGUAUUACUAUCGCUAAGGCUCACCCCAACUUCCCUAUCCUCGUGCAAUGGACUGGUGGUCGUGGUGGUGGUCACCAUUCGUACGAAGAUUUCCACCAACCCAUCUUGCAGAUGUACGCUAAGUUGAGAAAGUGCAAGAACAUCAUCUUGAUUGCUGGCUCCGGGUUCGGUCUGGAAGAUGAUACCUACCCUUACUUGACUGGUGCCUGGUCGGCCAAGUUCAACUACCCUCCCAUGCCUUUCGACGGGGUGUUGUUUGGUUCUCGUGUGAUGACUGCUAAGGAAGCUCACACCUCGUUGUCUGCCAAGGAGUUGAUUGCCAAGUGCCCUGGGGUUACCGACGCUCAAUGGGAACAAUCGUUCAAGAAGGACACUGGUGGUAUCGUCACUGUCAUCUCGGAAAUGGGCGAACCCAUCCACAAGAUCGCCACCCGCGGUGUCUUGUUGUGGAAGGAAUUCGACGAGACUUUGUUCAAUUUGCCUAAGAACAAGCUCCUUGAGGCCAUCAACAAGAAGAAGGACUACAUCAUCGACCGUCUUAACAAGGACUUCCAAAAGCCCUGGUUCGGUAAGGACUCUAAGGGUAAGGCUUGUGACCUCGAAGAUAUGACCUACCAGGAAGUAGCUAACCGCAUGAUCGAGCUCAUGUACAUAUCCAAGCGUGGCCGCUGGAUCGACUUCACUUUGCGCAACUUCUUGGGUGACUUUUUGCGUCGCGUUGAAGAACGUUUCACUUACAACGAAGGCCAGGUUUCGUUGAUCCAGAACUUUGCUGAAUUGGACUCCAACCCUCAAGAGUUUGUUGACAAGUUCUUUGACCACUACCCUGAAGCCAAGGAACAACUCAUCUCUGAGGAAGACGCCGACUACUUCUUGAUCUGCUGUAUCCGCCCCGGUCAAAAGCCCGCUCCUUUCGUGCCCAUUUUGGACGAACGUUUCGAAGUCUACUUCAAGAAGGACUCGUUGUGGCAAUCCGAAGACAUCGAGCUGGUGGUCGACGAAGACGUUGGCCGGGUGUGUAUCUUGCACGGGCCUGUGGCUGCUCAAUUUACCAACAAGGUCAACGAACCCAUCGGCGAGAUCUUGGACUCGAUUCACGAAGGUCACAUCUCGAAGUUGUUGGACGACCUCUACGGUGGUGACAUCCUGAAGGUGCCGGUGGUUGAAUACUUUGGUGGCAAGCAACCCGUUGCUGCUCCCAAGCUCGCCGGUGUCGAAGUUACUACUGACGGUGGUGUCACCUCGUACAAGGUUGGUCGCACUGUCCUCCCCGACGCUACUGCUUUCUUGGACGCUUUGGCUGGUGACAAGUUGCUGUGGAUGCAAGCCAUUUUGCUGACCGACCGCGUGGUUCAAGGCAAGCUGCACGUGCCCAACCCUCUCCACUCGAUCUUGGCGCCUGCUCCCGGUGCUGUCUACCAAGUGCUGGACUCGCAAUUGGUGGUGUUGGAAAAGAUCAAGGGUGAGUACAAGCCCACCGUCAAGUUGUUUUUGAAGAAUGCCAACACUAUUGUGCUUGAGUUGAUUGAACACCGGACUGCUGACGGUCUUCCCUUGGCGAUGCCGUUCCUCUACACCUACAACCCUGCCGACGGUUUUGCUCCCAUCUUGGAACAAAUGGAAGGCCGCAACGACCGCAUUAAGGAAUUCUACUGGAAGUUGUGGUUCGGUCAAGCUGUGCCUUACGACACCAACAUUGACGUGCAACAGUCGAUUAACGGUGAAGAGGUGGUGAUCAACGCUCGCGACAUUGCCGACUUCACUCACGCCAUUGGUAACAACUGUGAAGCGUUUACCAAGUUGCCUGGUCGCGACCAACAAGCCCCCAUGGACUUUGCCAUUGUCAUUGGCUGGCGUGCCAUUAUCAAGGCGAUUUUCCCCAAGACUGUUGACGGGGACUUGCUCAAAUUGGUGCACUUGCUGAAUGGUUACAAGAUGAUUCCUGGUGCUACUCCGUUGAAGGUUGGCGAUCGCGUGAAGGCCGUUGCUGACAUUAAGGCCGUUGUCAACCAACCUCUGGGUAAGAUGGUCGAAGUUGUUGGUACCAUUUUCCGUGACGGCAAGCCCGUGAUGGAGGUUUCGUCGCAAUUCCUCUACCGUGGCGUUUACAACGACUUUGAGAACACCUUCCAAAAGGUGGUGGAAGCUCCUUACCAAGUUUCGUUCAAGUCGCCUAAGGAUGUGGCCGUGUUGCGCUCGAAAGAGUGGUUCUCGCUUGACAAGGAAGUCGAAAUCUUGGGUGAAGAUUUGACCUUCCGUUGCACUUCAGUCUACAAGUUCAAGCUGGGUAACCUCUACUCACUGAUUGAAACCGUUGGUGACGUGUUAUUGGAAUUGCCCACAAAGGAAGUGGUUAAGGUUGGUUCGGUUGAAUACGAAGCCGGUAAGCUGUACGGUAACCCCGUGAUCGACUACUUGCUGCGUAACGGUAAGACCAUCGAGGAAGCCGUCAAAUUUGAAAACGUCAUUCCCAUCUCGCUGGGCGAAGAACUCACCUCUAAGGCUCCCGGCACUAAUGAACCUUACGCUGUUGUCUCUGGUGACUACAACCCCAUCCACGUGUCGCGUGUGUUUGCUGCUUACGCCAACUUGCCUGGCACUAUUACCCACGGUAUGUUUUCGCUGGCUGCCGUUCGUGGCCUUGUUGAAGAGUGGGCUGCCAACUCCAUUGCUGCUCGUGUUCGUGCUUUCAAGUGCAACUUUGUUGGUAUGGUGUUGCCUAAUGACGUGUUGCAAACCACUCUUGAACACAUUGGUAUGAUCAAUGGUCGUAAGAUCAUCAAGGUUGAAACCAAGAACGUUGAAACUGAAUCCGUGGUGUUAGUUGGUGAAGCCGAAAUUGAACAACCCAUCACCACUUAUGUGUUCACCGGUCAAGGUUCUCAAGAACAGGGUAUGGGUAUGGACUUGUACAACUCGUCUGAAGUCGCUCGUGCCAUUUGGGACAAGGCCGACAAGCACUUUGUUGAUAACUACGGGUUCUCAAUCUUGGACAUUGUUCAAAACAACCCUAAGGAGUUGAUCGUACACUUUGGUGGUGCCAAGGGUCGCAAGAUCCGGGAAAACUACAUCUCGAUGAUGUUUGAAACUAUUGGUGACGAUGGUUCGCUUAAGCUGGAAAAGAUCUUCAAGGACGUCACUCACAACACUGAGCAGUUCAAGUUCGUGUCGCCCACUGGUUUGUUGCUGGCUACCCAAUUCACUCAACCCGCCCUUACUCUCAUGGAAAAGGCCGCGUUUGAAGACAUCAAGCUGAAGGGCUUGAUCCCCGAAAACAUUAUGUUUGCGGGUCACUCGCUUGGUGAGUACUCGGCGUUGUCGUCGCUUGCUAACGUUAUGCCCAUUGAAUCGUUGGUCGACGUUGUAUUCUACAGAGGGAUGACGAUGCAAGUUGCUGUGCCCCGUGACGACUUGGGCCGUUCCAACUACGGUAUGUGUGCUGUGAACCCGUCGCGUGUCUCGCCCACUUUCGACGACGCUGCUCUCAGAUUUGUCGUUGAUGAAACUGCCAAGGUUUCGGGCUGGUUGCUUGAGAUUGUUAACUACAACGUUGAAAACCAGCAAUACGUUACUGCUGGUGACUUGCGUGGGUUGGACUGCUUGACUAAUGUUCUCAACGUUAUCAAAUUGAACAAGGUCGACAUUGUUAAGUUGCAAGAGCAAAUGCUGGUGGAAGAAGUCGCCGCUCACUUGAAGGAAAUCAUUGAAGAAGUGGCCAAGCAAACUGAAAACAAGCCUCAACCUAUUGACUUGCAAAGAGGUUUCGCCGUCAUCCCGUUGAAGGGCAUUGACGUGCCUUUCCACUCAUCCUACUUGAUGCUGGGAGUGAAGCCCUUCCAAAGAUUCUUGCGCAAAAAGAUCCCCAAGUCGCUGGUGAAGCCUCAAGACUUGAUCGGCAAGUACAUCCCCAAUUUGACCGCUAAGCCUUUCGAAAUUACCAAGGAGUACUUCACUGAUGUGUACAACUUGACUAAGUCUGACAAAAUCAAGGCUAUUUUGGAUAACUGGGACUCCUACGAAAAGGCUUGA